GCCGGCCGCCGGGCUGAGCGGCUGCGGGCCUCGGCCGUCCCUGUGCGCAGCGGCCUGCGGCGCCCCGCGAGCGGGGCCGACCGCAGGACCCGAGGCCAUGUCCCACGAGAAGAGUUUCCUGGUGGCGGGGGACAGCUACCCUCCGCACAACCCCGGAUACCCCGGGGGGCCCCAGGCCCCCAUGCCUCCUUAUGCUCAGCCUGCCUACCCCGGGGCCCCCUACCCACAAGCCGCUUUCCAGCCCUCCCCCUAUGGCCAGCCUGGGUAUCCCCACGGCCCAGGCCCUAGCCCCUACCCUCCCGGGGGCUACCCCCAGGGCCCCUAUCCUCCCGGGGGCUACCCGCAGGGGCCCUACCCUCCAGGCGGCUACCCGCAGGGGCCCUACCCACAGAGCCCCUUCCCCCCUAACCCUUACGGACAGCCGCAGGCCUUCCAGGGACAGGAUCUCGACUCACCCCAGCAUGGAAACUACCAGGAGGAGGGACCCCCAUCCUACUAUGACAACCAGGACUUCCCAGCGGCCAACUGGGACGACAAGAGCAUCCGACAGGCAUUCAUCCGCAAGGUGUUCCUGGUGCUGACCCUGCAGCUGUCGGUGACACUGUCCACGGUGGCCGUGUUCACCUUUGUGAGCGACGUGAAGGGCUUCGUCCGUGAGAACGUCUGGACCUACUAUGUGUCCUAUGCGGUCUUCUUCAUCUCCCUCAUCGUCCUCAGCUGUUGUGGGGACUUCCGCAGGAAGCACCCCUGGAACCUCGUGGCCCUGUCCAUCCUGACCGUCAGCCUGUCCUACAUGGUGGGCAUGAUUGCCAGCUUCUACGACACCGAGGCCGUCAUCAUGGCCGUGGGCAUCACCACUGCCGUGUGCUUCACCGUGGUCAUCUUCUCCUUACAGACCCGCUAUGAUUUCACCUCGUGCAUGGGUGUGCUGCUGGUGAGCAUGGUGGUGCUGUUCAUCUUCGCCAUCCUUUGCAUCUUCAUCCGUAACCGCAUCUUGGAGAUCGUGUACGCCUCGCUGGGCGCCCUGCUCUUCACCUGCUUCCUGGCAGUGGACACCCAGCUGCUGCUGGGGAACAAGCAGCUGUCGCUGAGCCCGGAGGAGUACGUGUUUGCGGCCCUGAACCUCUACACGGACAUCAUCAACAUCUUCCUCUACAUCCUGACCAUCAUCGGCCGUGCCAAGGAGUAGCCCGAGGGGCCGGCUCCCCGGGCCCCCUCGUACGUACACUGCAGAUGCUCCGUCUGGACGGGCUGUCGUCACUGCCUGCCCCUUCCUUCCCCUCCCCGUCCGAGCCACUUCCUGUCUACUUGUUGCAUGAAUCCUUUUGGGCAGCCCACUCCAGGGCCUGGGGGGCGAGGGGUCGAGCCACGAGAUGAGGGUGCACGUCUCCCCUCCUUGCCCCAGCCCCCCUGGCCUGGCCUAGCGUACCCCCGCCCCGCCUUGUGCGCGCUGGGGGCGACUCUGACACUCCUGGGCCCUGAGGGCAGGAGACGGCAUGUUUCGGGGGCAACAGAGCCAUCCCCCCAACCUGCUGUCACUCAAACCCCAAUAAAUGGACCUUGCGCUGUCUGCCUUCCCACUCCGUGAGGGACACUGUCUGCCCUG